AUGGAGAACCAAAUGGUGACUGAUGACAAUGCUUCCAAGAAGAGGAAAAACACCAUUGAAACAAGGACUGUGUUGAAGACUUAUUUCUUCUCAGGGCUUGGAAAAUCAGAAGAGGAAGAUGAAGGAGAAGCUGCAGACAUGGAAGAAUACGAAGAGAGUGGAUUAUUGGAAACAGAUGAGGCUACCCUAGACACAAGGAAAAUAGUAGAAGCUUGUAAAGCUAAAACUGAUGCUGGAGGUGAAGAUGCUAUUUUGCAAACCAGAACUUAUGACCUGUACAUCACUUAUGAUAAAUAUUACCAGACACCACGAUUAUGGUUGUUUGGCUAUGAUGAGCAACGGCAGCCUUUAACAGUUGAGCACAUGUAUGAAGACAUCAGUCAAGAUCAUGUGAAGAAAACAGUGACCAUUGAAAAUCACCCUCAUCUCCCACCACCUCCCAUGUGUUCUGUUCACCCAUGCAGGCAUGCUGAAGUGAUGAAGAAAAUCAUUGAAACUGUUGCAGAAGGAGGGGGAGAGCUUGGCGUUCAUAUGUAUCUUCUAAUUUUUUUGAAAUUUGUACAAGCUGUCAUUCCAACAAUAGAAUAUGACUACACAAGACACUUCACAAUGUAAUGAAGAGAACAUAGAAUCUAUUCCAAAUUAUUGGUUCUGAUUUUUAAAUAAUUAACACAUAGGUGUGACCAUUGACCAUAUUCACCAAUAUGUAUAAUUUCUCUAAUAAAGGGACUUAUAUGUUUAUGCAUUAAAUAAAAAAAUGUUCCACUACCA